GCUCCGCAGCGCGUCCGUCCCCACUCCUGCCGGUGUCUCCGGGGAUUAUUUUCCCUUCUCCCCAUUUCUCCGGAGGGGGAAAAGCGAGGGGCUGCCGGUGGUCUUAAAGGCAGAGCCCGCUGGCGCUGCCCUGCGCUGAGCGCCCCAUGCCCCCGUAGCGCUGUGCCGUGCCCGGGGCGAUGCUGUGAGCUCCGCUCGGAUGGUCUGAGUUCCUCCCUGCCCUCCACUCCUCCUGCCCAGAUGCAGUGGAUAAUAUUCAUGUUGCUGUUAUUCAUCAGCUCCAUGGAAAUGCUCUCGCAGAACCGAUGGAAAAAGCAAGUGAGCGCCGGCCUCUUGGAGAACUGCACGGGCUGCGUCCUGUGCUCGGAGGAGAACGGCUGCAUCACCUGCCACCACCGGCUCUUCCUGCUCAUCUGGAGGGACGGCAUCCGCCAGUACGGGGUGUGCGUCCACACCUGCCCCCCCGGCUACUUCGGCGUGCGGGGUCUGGAGGUCAACAGAUGCACAAAGUGCAGGUCGCCCAGCUGCGAGAGCUGCUUCAGCAAAGACUUCUGCAUGAAAUGCAAGGAGAAGUUCUACCUGCACAAAGGCCAAUGCUUCCGGCAGUGCCCCCCCAGCACCGCGGCUCAGCCCGGCACCCGCGAGUGCCAAGAAACAUGCGAGCCGGGGCCCUGGAGCGAGUGGAGCGCCUGCACUCACGAGGGCCGGAGCUGCGGCUGCAAAUGGGGUCUGGAGACGCGGGUGCGCGAGGUGCCGGGCUCCCCACGGGAGGAGGGGGCUGCGUGCCCCGCGCUGCUGGAGAGCCGCAGGUGCCGCCUGAGGAAGCACUGCCCGGGAGAGAAAACCAAACUCAGAAACAAAGGCAAAAAGCGGCAGAAGAAGCAGAGGACAGAGCAGGACGCGGGCACCUAGCGCAGCAGCCCCCCCGUGCUGCCCCUGCUUUCCAGCUGCAGAAAAAUUGCACAAUUUUCUCCCCCACCACCCCCUUACCCCAACCUCCCCCUUUCUUUUGAGACAAUUUAUGGCCUGUAAAACAUUUCCUUUUCAGAAAAUCUAAUUUGCAAUGUCCAAAGCAAUGCCCCGGGGCUCGGGCAGGGGGUGGCUCCCUUAUUUUGCUCUUCUUCCCUCUGCCACUCUCUGCAGCUGGGUGGGAUGGGGCUGGUGUGGGUCUGACCGUGCUGCAGGCCAUGGAUACCCAUCCCAGAGAUGUUCCCCACUGGAUCCUGUGUACAUUGGGGUCCUGCAGGGCUCAGCACUUAUGGCACAUGCAUGGGUUCACAACAAUGGGGGGGGAAGGGGGGUUUUACCCAUGCACUCCACAUCACAGCAGCCCCCUGCGCCGGGGGAGCAGCCCCACAGCCCCCUCCAGACACGAGCAGGGCGACACCAUCCCUGUCCCCAUCCAAAGGACAUGGGAAGCACAUGGAGAAGCGCUGCAGCACCUUUGCAAUGCGCUUUGCUCCAACUGCUGCUCUCACCAUGGGAAUUUCUGUGACUCUUUGAAGAGUUUGGCCACCCCAUUCCUCCUCCCGGCACAAAUGGGGGUUGUGGGGCCCUUCUAGGAGGAGAGCACUGGGUGUCAGCACCGAGCCAGCCGGGAGCAUCACUGCUCUGUUUGCUUAUGGACAAAUAAACUAU